CUGCAUGAGGAGGCCCCACUGCAGGCCGAAGGCGGCCAGGAGCAGGUUCACGCCCACGCUGCUGAAGCCGUACCUCUUGAGGAAGGUCAUCAGGAACCCGAAGCCGAUGAAGAUCAUCACGUGGACGUCCUGAAACACUGGAGAAACGGAGAGGACAGCAUGUUGCUGGCAGAGGGCUGAACAUUUCUCCUCAGGGCAUUGUGCUUGUUCACGAUCUCACUCUGGUCUGACGAGGACACCAGGACUGUGCCUGAAGAGAAAAAGAUGGAGGGAACAUUCAAAAACCAAAUGUGAAUGAUGAAACUGAAUCUUACUGGAGAUGGAUGUUGGAAUAUUUGCACUCACCCUCCUGCAGGUGUGAUUCCAGAGAUGAGGGAGAAAGAAAAGACGUCACCUGAAGAGCAGCCAGGAGGCCAAAGGCGCACAGGAAGUUGAAGGUGUGCAUACUCGCUGUUCAGUCCGAGACUGUCGACCUCCGAGGGCCACAGGUGCACCCUCCACUGCGCAUGCGCCGAGCCGCUGGCCGCCUCUAUUUGUUCCCAUACCUCAUCAUCAUCAUCAUCAUCUUCUUCUUCAUCCUCAUCUUCAUCAUCCUCACAGGUUGAACUGAACAUCCUCUCCCACAAAGACGCAUCUCUCUCUCUGGCACUCGGAUGUAGUCUCUCUCUCUCUCUCUCUCUCUCUGAUCUGUCUUUUGUUGUCGGUGAGACCCAGCGCGGAGCAGCCGAGGAAGAAAGAGGAAGAGGAGGAAGGAGCCAUAAUAAUAAUAAUACUAAUCAUACCAAUAAGAUGAAGAAACGUUAUGUGGACGCGAGCAGGCUGCGGAAAAUGAAGAAGCUGAAGAUAACGGAGCGUCUGUCUGAGAGUGCGUACACCUUCCUGAAGUUUAUGAUGAUGUGGACUCUGGUGCUGCUGGCAGAUUUCAUCCUCGAAUUCAGACUGGAGUACCUGUGGCCAUGCUGGCUCUUCUUCGGGAGCGUGUACACAACGUUCCACUGCCAUGGCCUGGUUAUUUGUGUUGUUUUCGUCUGCGCUGCCUUCACUCUUGACAUCUUCUGUUUGAUUUUUGUUCCUUUGCACUGGCUGUUCUUUGUGGCCAGCACCUACGUAUUAUUCAAUUACAUAUGGCACACAGAGAAAGGCAUCUGCAUAUCGACAGUGUCCCUGUGGAUUAUACUUGUGUACACGGAGGCUUCGCUCCGACUCAAGGACCUUAAAACCUCUCACGCCAACCUGUCUCAUCUUUUCGCUGCACACUGUAUUGGAUAUCCUGUGGUAUAUCUGGGGUUUGAUGCCACCUGCUACUUCACCAACAUCUUUAAGCUGCGCAUACAGAGAGCCGUUCAGAGCGAGAACGACUUCCACAUGCACCUCCUGCAGCACUCGCUGCCUCCAGGCCUGCAGGUUUUCCCCAAGACGAGCGCAGACGGCAGCAACAGCAACUCGAAAUGGAAGAUAAAGCCAGAGUCGAGUCAGUAUCAGUGUCAGAACGGUGCCGUCGUGGCCCACGAUGAGGCACACACUGUGGAUUGCCUCCAGAUCCGCAGCGAGGAGAGAGCGACGGAGAAGGGAGCACAGGAGGUGAAGUCAGCUGAGUUGCACCGGCGGCAAUCGUCGUCCAAACACAGUGCAGGUGAGUCCAGAGAUGUGCUGCACGGUGGGGCGGGAGGACCAGAAUCCUCUGGGACCCCGGAACAUCUACCUCAGGAGGAGCAGGGAAGCAAAGCCACGAGGGCAGCCAAAAGCUCCUCGCCGAAAACUCGAAGCAGCACGAACACGCCGUCUCCUCCUGCAGCGAGAACCGAGAAGAAACAGAGGACCAGCUCAAAAACGGUCAGCCCCAACCGGGACGUGACGGAAAAGACAGCGACUCAGAAUCACCACGCUGAGCAGACGAACAAGCUGGAGCAGGAGCUGAGGAAGCUGAGGGGGGAGCUGCAGGCGAGCAGGCAGAGCGAGCAGGAGCUGCGGAGUCACAUGUGCAACUUAACCAACAGCGAGAGGAGCCUGAGACCUGAGGUGUCUCUGCUCCGACAGUCCAACAUCCUGCUGCAGAGCAAGAUUCUGUGUCUGACUAAAACCAAGCAGCGAGACAAACAGAGCGGUGCGAUGCUGGAGAAGAAGACCAGAGCAGAGAUGGAAGCCAGAAUCUCUGCUGAGAAGCAGUUGGCUGAACUUCAGGCUCAGAAACUGGAGGAAGCCGCCAGCUCAGCACGGAGCCUCACAAACAGGCAGGAACACUGUGAAACCCAAAUGUUAAGGAAAAGGGUUAAAGAUCUAGAGACAGAGUACAAACAACUACAGCUGGAGUAUCAAGUGAAAGAGAAUCGGGUGGUAGAUCUAGAGAGUGAUGUUGAGGCGUUGGGAAAGUACCGCUGCGUGGAGAAAGAGACGGACAUGCUGCUGUCCACUCUGUCGGCCAUGCAGGAUAAAGCUCAGCAUCUGGAGUACAACCUGAGCGCAGAGACUCGCAUCAAACUGGACCUGUUCUCCGCACUGGGAGACGCCCGCAGACAGCUGGAGAUCGCUCAAGAUAAAGUGAUGAAGCAGGAUCGGGAGAUCAGUGAGAUGAAGCAGAAAAUUGCGGAGGUGAUGGCCGUCAGCCCCGGUGUCUCCUACAUGGCUCCUCGGCCUCAGGUGCCGCAGUAUCUCACCAAGCUGCUCAACUCUGAGCGCUACAUGCUGAACCCCCGAGCGCUGAUGUACCAGUGUCUAAAGAAAUGAAGGGACGCCAAAUCCCCGGACUUCCUCAUCAUCCUAAAAACAGGCGGGGGAGGGGUUUGAAUGGAUUUUUUUAUCACAGAGCUAAAUGACAACACACAGUCGUCUACUUCCAGCCAUGAGUGGAACCAGAAGGAGCCUCCACAAGUCGAAUGCCUUUAGCUGCACUGACGGUGCUACUUCAUUCUGUAUAUUUCACGUCUCCUCUCGCACAUCCUGAGCUGAAAACGACGAUAUCUGAUAUGCAGAGCUGCCGUCAGGAGGCACGGGUUUUAUGUGAAGACGCCACCACGACAGUGUAAACCAACUAACUGGGAUGCAACAGAGAAAAGCACAAACGUCUCGACCAGUUCACACACUGAAGGUUUGUGGUGAAUCUGGUGCUGUGUUUUUACACAACUGACAAAAGAGUAAGUGAAGCGGCCGUAAAUGUUCAGUCCAGAUAAAACUGGACCCGGUUGAUCUGCCGCUCUCCUCUUUUGAUCUGUAAUGAUCUCACAUCCGUAAGUAUGAAUUCAUUCUUUACUUAUGAUUACCUUUUGUUUAAGUUCAAAUCGUAGAAGUACGUAAUUUUCUUGACAUUACAGACGCACUAACAAGUCACCGACUGCGGCUUUAAGAAGACAAAUUCGUACGACGUAGAACUAAAGUCAAGAAUUCAAGUAUUAUUCUUACACACGGUUGUAAGAUUUUAGGAAAUACAAUCAUUUUUGUUUUAAUCUGCAGUGAUGCUGAUCAGGCCUCAAUAACACGGUCAAAUUUUAGUAUUAGGACAAUAUUAUUUAAUUGGCCUUUUUAUAUUCCUAGUAAACAACGACAGUGAACCAGGAAACUUACA